CCUCACAGCUACCAGGCAACACUCGGAUAUUGUUUAGAAAGUACAACGUAACAGAAUACAUUUCAAGGAUUUGCUUAUAGUUGAUUGCGUGUAGUAAACAUGAUCACGGGAAUGUCGUUAAACUGUGCACAAGCUUCGGUGGCGUCCUAGACAACAUUCAGAUUGAGCUUGGAUCUGUGUUAGGCUUCGUUUCUAAAGACACCGUUGCUAAGCACACCAUAAAACGCUGACCGAGGUCAGACGCUUUCGUCCAAUGACGAACAAGCGCCCGUAACGAACAUUUUAAAUCAGCCAAUCAAAUGAACGAACGAUUAUGCCCACCGGAAAGCAGUGUUUUGAAGACUCCGGAGUGACAAGAAAACAGAAGUAGCUCGCAACUAUAAUUUAUGUACAGUUUUACCAUAUCGACGUUUGAAUGUUUGUAAUUUCGCAUGAGAAGAUCAAUGAGAGCACGCUCUUCCUCCCCACCACUGCACGUGCACGUGAACGAGAGCACACCUGUGCACGUGCACGUGAAGAAGACCUCCAACAGCAGCCCUACCAAGUCACCCCAGGUUAAGCCUAAAAGUGGUUUGCGUCCUACUGCUAAAGUAAAGACAAGGGUGCCAUGGAUCCCACCUGGCAAAGUCUCCAAUCGGGAGACCUCGUAUAAGUGGGAGGGACAUUCUCAUCGUUUGGAGAUAACACCUCUUUCAGAACCCGAAUGCUCUCAGUCACCUCUCCGUAUAGAAGAUCUCUCUACUGAUGAAGAAGAUGCCCUGCACGGACGCAUCAACCAGUAUGAGAAGAAGAUAGACAGCCUUAUGACAGAAGUCAGCUCUCUGAAAAAUGAGGUUGAGCUCCGUAAGAAAGAGCAACUGAUAGAGCGUCAGUCGGAGAGGUUGAACGCAUCACAGCGUGUCAUCGACGAGCAGGAGGAGGAGCUUGCUGAGGUCGCCAGAGAGCUGGAGGCCACAGAGGAGGAGAACUCCCGACUGCGAGAGUCCAUGGAGAAGAUGAUUGUAGAAAGUGAUUUCAGCAGAUUAGAGAGAAGUAGUCCGCAGUUAGACAAAGAUGCUCUACUCAGGAAAUUACUGGAAGCAGAGAUGGACAGCAAUGCAGCUGCCAAGCAGGUGUCAGCCCUCCGUGAAACAGUCAACCAGAUGUCGAGGAAUGAGAAAAGGUUAUCAGGAUCUGACACAUCACACAUGGCCAGACAGAAGGAACUCUUAUUGCAAAAGCUGGAGACAUUUGAGGGCACCAACAGAGCCCUCAGAAAUCUUCUGAGAGAACAGCACAAUCGAGAGAUGGAUUCUCUAAGACUAUUGGAGCAGAAGGAUGCUCUUCUAAAAAGGCUUACUGAUGUAGAAGCAGAAAAUUCGCGUAUUUUUGUAACGCUUCAGGACAAAGACAUUGAGGUUAAUCAACUCUCUUCCAUGUUAGAAAAUGAAAAGGAGAAUUCAAGGACCACCACUGAACUCUCAAAAGUCUUGGAGGCCACCAGAGCUCAUCUGCAGGGUCAGCUACGCAAUAAGGAGUCGGAGAAUAGCCGUCUAAACGUUCAGAUCAGGAAUCUGGAGCGAACUGUCAGCCAGCAGAAGGGAGAGAUUGAUCACCUGCAGGAGCAGUUACAAGAGCGCAGGCAGCGGGCAGAGGCUGAUAAGGAGGCAUUGAAGAAAGCCACGCGGGCACAGAAACAAAGGGCACAGCGUAGUGAAGAUACUGUCGGACAGCUCAGUGCUCAGCUCAUGGAGAUAGAGAAUCAGUUAACAGAUGCUGUAUUGGCCACAGAGAACUGGAGCAGUCGACUUGCAAAAGAAACGAAGGAUAAGGCACAGCUAGAGAUGGAGAUCACGUUGAUGAAUAGUCGUGUCACAGACCUGACAGAGCAGUUGCAGGAACAAGAAGAGAAAGCCCGGUCCGAGAGAGACGGACUGUUAAAUCGCCUUCAUGAGCUAACUACAGAUAGCUCUUCUGUACGGUUGGGGAACCAAAGCCUUAAGGCCACUUUGUCUGCCUUGGAGGAGAAGCUGACCCUGUCGCAGUCUGAAGUCCAUCAGAUCAAAGUUUCAGUGAAGCAAUAUGAGAGCUUGGUGGACAGUUACAAAAUCCAGGUGCAGAAGACCCGUGCUGAGGCGGACGAGUACUGUGCACGACUGCAAGUGGCUGAACGUGAAGCCCAAAUGGUAAGAGAGGAGCUGGAUCAAGAGAUCCAGCAGGUUAGAAAGCAGCUCCUCGGUCGUCUGGCGGAGCUCGAGCCGCUUCCUGAAGCUCUGAGACGUACAGAACUCCAGUUGCAGGAAGCUCACGAGAAAGAACGUUCUCAGGAGAGGAGAAGCACCGAGCUCAGCACAGCUCUCGCAGAGCUGCGCAUUAAAGUGGACCAGCAGGGAAGUCAGGCAGAGAUGGUGAAACAUAAAAACAUGGUGCUACUGGAGGAAAGCAAGCAGCUUCAACACAAAGCAGAGGCCCUUGAACGGAAGUUAGAAGAAGCUACCUCCCAAAACCGAGACCUAUUGCAGGUGAUCGCAAAACGAGAAGAGACUAUUCACAGCAACCAGGUGCGUCUGGAGGAAAAAUCUCGGGAAUGCAGUAUUCUGACGAGGCAGCUGGAAGAGGCGCUCGAAGACGCCCGCCGUCAGGUCACACAGACCAGGGAGCGGGCGGCAUCAAAAGAACGUACAACUCAUUCCAAAGUUGUUGAUCUGGAAACACAACUGAGCAGAACCACAUCUGAGCUGAACCAGUUACGACGAGCCAAAGAGGAGGCGGAACGAAGGUAUCAAAGCCGUUUACAGGAUGUCAAGGACAGACUGGAGCAGUCUGACAGCACAAACCGUAGCCUCCAGAACUAUGUCCAGUUCCUCAAAUCUUCCUACGCCAAUGUGUUUGGAGAUACUGCGCUCACUGGUUCCUCAUUCCAACCGCCUUCACCAAUCUGACAGCUCUUUCAGGUUUUUUUUACAGACUUCCUUCAGGACCAAGGCCUCUUGCAAUGCUUUAUAUUUAAAUGUUUUACUAUAAACUUCUACAAAUGGUUAUUCUUCUUGUUACUGGUUAAGAAGACCAAAUGGUGAUUUGUAUUUCCUUAGCAUUACGUGUCCAUUCUGGAAUGAAGAAUCUGGUUUCAUACAGACAAAUAAUUUUGGUUUGACCCGGUCUCAUGAUUUAUGCUGUCCUUUCAAUGCAAUAAGUCUGUUACACAUCCUAUAAUGAAAUUAUUUCUGACACUUCCCUGCACAUAGUAAUAUGGCUAUUACAGUAAUCCAUUGUUAUGGAUUAAUACUUUAAACUUUAAAUUUAGUAAUAUCAGUGCAUCAUCUGACAUCUGUGUGAUCUAAAAGUAUCACAGUAAACCUUAUUUAUUCAUAAAUGAUUUCCUUAGUAGCCUACUUAUACUGUAUGUCUUAAGACAAAAUAAGUAUAAACUCUAAAGGCUUUUUUUCAGUUAUACCAAGUCUUUAGUUUUUGCAGGCCUUUUAUGUGAUAAUAUUAUAAAAUGUAUUUUUUCACCAUCUCUCAAUGCAGAGAAAAUAAUUUGAUUCAGUGAGACUGAAGCACAGUAACUUCAUACUUUUUCAUUGGGUGCUAUCAAUGUUUAACAUUAUUGUAAUUAUCCAUCCAGGAGUUGUUUUGUCUGAAGUCAGACUUGCACUUUUUUUGUCUGUUGUAUUAUUUAUCUGACGUCAGGCAAAAUAAACAGCAGUGCUUCAUUGUUGUUAGUGCUAUGAAAUGCAACAUGUAUUUUUUAUUUGUUGAAUUUUUGAUGUUGUUUACAUAUCAUGUUUGUAAAAGUACUAAAGUGUCUCCUAAAAAAUUGCUAUUUGCUUCAAUUUGUAUUGAAAAGUGUGUUGACAUCAAUUACACAGUGAAACUUACAGUGACUGUAGAACCUUGUGUUCUUCUUAUAUAAUUACUGUAACACAAUCUCAAAAUGUAACAUUGUAUUAUAUUUCAUCUUUACACGUUAACAGCAAGCAUGUGUUCCU